GCUCGGAGUGAUUGUCUAAAAAAGAAUUAAAAAUGGCCGAGAAUGUGGUGGAGCCGGGCCCGCCUUCAGCCAAGCGGCCUAAACUCUCCUCGCCGGCGCUCUCCGUGUCCGCCAGCGACGGCACAGAUUUUGGAUCGCUAUUUGAUCUGGAACAUGACUUGCCAGAUGAACUGAUCAGCUCCACAGAACUGGGACUCACCAAUGGUGGUGACAUUAAUCAGCUGCAGACCAGCCUUGGCCUGGCACAAGAUGCUGCCUCUAAACACAAGCAGCUGUCAGAACUUUUACGGGCUGGUAGCUCCCCAAAUCUCAAUAUGGGGGUUGGUGGCCCUGGCCAGGGCAUGGCCGGCCAAACUCCACAAAAUAGUCCUGGAAUGGGAAUGUUGAACAGCAUGGUGAAAAGCCCUAUGGCACAGGCUGGGUUGACUUCUCCCAGUAUGGCGAUGGGUACAAGCGGACCAAAUCAGGGUCCUUCAGCCCAAUCUACAGCAGGAAUGAUGCCAACAGUAAACAGUCCAGUUAACCAGCCUGGCAUGGGAAUGAACACAGGGAUGAAUGCUGGCAUGAAUCCUGGGAUGUUGGCAGCAGGCAAUGGACAGGGGGUGAUGCAGGGGCAAGUCAUGAACGGUUCAAUUGGAGCAGGCAGAGGGCGACCAAAUAUGCCAUACCCAAACCCAGGAAUGGGAACUGCUGGUAACUUGUUGGCUGAGACACUGCAGCAAGGCUCUCCGCAGAUGGGAGGACAGGCUGGACUGAGGGGGCCGCAGCCUGGAGCCAUGAACAAGAUGGGAAUGAUGAGCAAUCCCAGUCCUUAUGGUCAGCCAUACAGUCAGAAUACCGGGCAGCAGAUUGGAGCCAGUGGUCUCGGACCUCAGAUGCAGAAUAAGACUGGACUGCAAAAUAGCUUACCACAGUUUCAAAUGGACAAGAAGCCAGUUCCUGGGGCAGGAAUGCCUAACAUGGGUCAGCAGCAGGCUCCCCAAGUUCAGCAAGCUGGGAUGGGGCCAGCAGCUUCACAAGGAAUGGGGUCUGGAGCUCCAACAGCAGAUCCAGAGAAACGCAAACUCAUUCAGCAACAACUAGUUCUCCUCUUACACGCUCACAAGUGUCAACGGCGAGAACAGGCCAACGGUGAGGUGCGGCAGUGCAACCUCCCUCAUUGCCGAACCAUGAAGAACGUUCUAAACCACAUGACACAUUGUCAGGCUGGCAAAUCUUGCCAGGUGGCACAUUGUGCGUCUUCUCGACAAAUCAUCUCGCACUGGAAGAACUGUACAAGACAUGACUGUCCUGUAUGUUUGCCACUCAAAAAUGCUGGGGACAAAAGAAACCAACAAUCUCUACUGGGUGGAGCUGCAGUAGGACUUGCAAACACCGGCUCCGUGGGUGUGGGGCAGCAGACUACGCCCAGCAUAAGCACUACCAGUCAGAUAGACCCCAGCUCCAUCGAGAGAGCCUAUGCAGCCCUUGGACUGACCUAUCAAGGGAACCAGAUGCAGACACAGUCUCAGGCUCAAGUGAAGAAUCAGCAGCAAGGACAGUCACCCCAGAGUCUGCGCCCAAUGAAUCCUAUGAGUGCAAAUCCAAUGGGGGUAAAUGGAGGAGUAGGAGUUCAAACCCCCAGUCUGCUGCCUGACUCAAUGUUACAUUCAACCAUGAAUUCCCAAAACUCCAUGAUGAGUGAAAGCGCCAAUGUUGCUAGUCUGGGGGCUAUGCCAACCGCUCAGCCAUCCAAUACAGGAAUUCGAAAGCAGUGGCAUGAAGAUAUUACUCAGGAUCUCCGAAAUCAUCUUGUUCAUAAACUAGUCCAAGCCAUAUUUCCUACACCUGACCCUGCAGCAUUGAAGGAUCGGCGUAUGGAGAAUCUGGUGGCAUAUGCUCGGAAAGUGGAAGGCGAUAUGUAUGAAUCAGCAAAUAGCAGGGCGGAGUACUAUCACUUGCUAGCUGAGAAGAUCUAUAAGAUUCAGAAGGAGCUGGAGGAAAAGCGAAGAACCAGGCUGCAGAAGCAAAAUAUGAUACCAAGUGCUCCGGGCAUGCCACAGGCUCCCGUGAAUCAAGGGCCUAACAUGGGACAGCCUCAGCCAGGGAUGUCUGCAAAUGGUCCUAUAACUGACCCAACACUGAUACGUGCUAAUGUGCCAAACCAGAUGAUGAAUCGCAUGCAGGCACAGCCAGGAAUGAAUCAGUUUGGCCACAUGAAUAUGCAGCUGUCAUCGAUGGGACCCCGGCAAACCCCUCCUCUUCAGCACCCUGGACAGCUAAGCCAGGCCGGGGCCAUGAACCAGAUGGGAUUUCCUUCACGUAUGCAACAACCAGGAGUUGGCCAACCUUCUGGUCAAAAUCAAUUUCUGCAGCAGAACCCAUUCCCUGCUUCUUCCCCAGGAAUGAAUGCAGCAAGCAUGCCUAUGACACAAACUAGCAGUCAGACACCAGUUUCUCAAGCACAAAUGAACAGCUCUUCCUGUCCUGUGAAUUCUCCUGCCAUGGCUCCAGGUUCUCAAGGGAGUCAUAUUCACUGCCCACCUCUUCCACAGCCUCCCAUGCACCGAAAUUCUCCUUCACCAGUACCCAGUCGAACCCCAACGCCUCACCAUACACCUCCAGGCUUGGGAUCGCAGCAACAGCAGGCAGCAGCAGCUGCCACCACUGUCCCCACCCCUACUCCUCAGGCAAUGCCACCCGGACCGCAGUCACAAACUAUGCAUCCCCCUCAGAGGCAGACUCCAACACCUCCACAGGCACAGCUGCCUCCACAAGUCCAGCCUCCAGUUCCUGUUACGCCCUCUGCAGAGCAGCAGCAGCAACCCUUGUCACAGCAGAGUACAACGGCAUCGGUUCCCACACCAACAGCGCCGCUGCAGCCUCAGCACCCCACAACACCUCUGUCACAACCAGCUGUAAGCAUUGAUGGGCAGGUAUCCAACCCCCCAUCCACCAGCAGCACAGAAGUGAACUCUCAGCAGACUGCAGCAGAGCAGCAGCAGCCACCUUUGCAGGAAGUGAAAAUGGAGAUAAAAACAGAUGAAGGGGAACCAGAACAAACAGAGCUGCAGAUGGAGGAGAAAUCUGAGGUUAAAGUAGAACCAGCAGUGGAAGAAUGUAAACCAGACCCAAUGGAACAAGAAGAGAAGAAAACAGAAGUGAAGACUGAAAUGCCAGAGGGGGAGGAAAGACCUACAACUCCAGCUACUCAGUCUUCUCCAGCAGCAGGACAGUCUAAGAAAAAAAUUUUCAAGCCAGAAGAGUUGCGGCAGGCACUUAUGCCAACACUGGAGGCACUUUACCGUCAGGACCCAGAGUCUCUUCCAUUUCGACAGCCUGUGGAUCCCCAGCUACUAGGAAUUCCUGAUUAUUUUGACAUUGUGAAGAAUCCCAUGGACCUUUCUACUAUCAAGAGGAAGCUAGACACAGGACAAUAUCAAGAACCAUGGCAAUAUGUAGAUGACAUCUGGCUCAUGUUCAAUAAUGCCUGGCUCUACAACCGCAAAACAUCCCGGGUAUAUAAGUACUGCUCAAAACUGGCCGAGGUGUUUGAGCAAGAAAUUGAUCCAGUUAUGCAGAGCCUUGGUUACUGCUGUGGAAGAAAGUUGGAGUUCUCGCCACAGACUUUGUGUUGCUAUGGCAAACAGCUAUGCACAAUCCCUCGAGAUGCCACUUACUACAGUUACCAGAACAGGUAUCAUUUCUGUGAGAAGUGCUUCAACGAAAUCCAAGGGGAGAGCGUUUCUCUGGGAGAUGACCCUUCACAACCUCAAACCACGAUAAACAAAGAACAGUUUUCAAAAAGGAAAAACGAUACACUGGAUCCUGAACUAUUUGUUGAAUGUAUAGAGUGUGGAAGAAAAAUGCACCAGAUCUGUGUUCUUCACAAUGAGAUGAUCUGGCCUUCUGGCUUUGUCUGCGAUGGCUGUCUGAAGAAAACAGGGCGAACCAGGAAAGAGAACAAAUUCUCUGCUAAAAGGUUACCAGCUACAAGACUUGGUACCUUCUUAGAGAACAGAGUCAAUGAUUUCCUAAAGAGACAGAAUCACCCAGAGGCAGGAGAGGUUACAGUUAGGGUGGUACAUGCGUCUGACAAAACUGUUGAAGUAAAGCCAGGAAUGAAAGCAAGAUUUGUAGACAGUGGAGAGAUGGCUGAGUCUUUCCCCUAUCGAACAAAAGCACUUUUUGCCUUUGAGGAGAUUGAUGGUGUAGACUUGUGCUUCUUUGGGAUGCACGUGCAGGAGUAUGGCUCAGACUGUCCCCCACCCAAUCAAAGGCGAGUGUAUAUAUCUUACCUUGACAGUGUUCAUUUCUUCCGCCCUAAAUGCUUGAGGACUGCUGUCUAUCAUGAAAUCCUAAUUGGAUAUCUAGAAUAUGUCAAGAAAUUAGGGUAUACUACUGGACAUAUCUGGGCAUGCCCACCAAGUGAAGGAGAUGACUACAUUUUCCACUGCCAUCCUCCUGACCAAAAGAUACCCAAACCCAAACGACUGCAAGAGUGGUACAAAAAGAUGCUGGACAAAUCUGUGUCAGAGCGCAUUGUUCACGACUACAAGGAUAUAUUUAAGCAAGCGACAGAAGACCGUCUGACAAGUGCGAAAGAGUUACCUUACUUUGAAGGGGACUUCUGGCCAAAUGUUCUGGAGGAGAGUAUUAAGGAACUCGAGCAAGAGGAGGAAGAGCGAAAGAGAGAAGAGAACACUAGUAAUGAAAGCACAGAUGUGAGCAAAGGAGACAGCAAAAAUGCCAAAAAGAAGAACAAUAAGAAGACAAGUAAGAACAAGAGCAGUUUGAGUCGUGGCAAUAAGAAGAAGCCUGGCAUGCCGAAUGUGUCCAAUGACCUUUCCCAAAAGCUGUAUGCCACUAUGGAGAAACACAAAGAGGUUUUCUUUGUCAUCCGUCUCAUUGCUGGCCCUGCAGCCAACUCCCUUCCCCCCAUCGUUGAGCCUGACCCGCUCAUUCCAUGUGACCUGAUGGAUGGGCGCGAUGCUUUCCUUACCCUUGCUAGAGACAAGCACCUGGAGUUCUCCUCUCUGCGAAGAGCUCAGUGGUCAACCAUGUGCAUGCUGGUGGAGCUGCAUACGCAGAGCCAAGACCGCUUUGUUUACACCUGCAACGAGUGCAAGCAUCAUGUGGAGACCAGAUGGCACUGCACUGUGUGUGAGAUUUCUAUACUUGGCAUCCAGCGCUGCAUCCAGUCCCUGGUCCACGCCUGCCAGUGCCGUAACGCCAACUGCUCGCUGCCAUCCUGCCAGAAGAUGAAACGGGUCGUCCAACACACCAAAGGCUGCAAACGCAAAACCAACGGAGGGUGCCCCAUCUGCAAGCAACUCAUUGCUCUUUGCUGCUACCAUGCAAAGCACUGCCAGGAGAACAAGUGCCCGGUGCCCUUCUGCCUCAACAUCAAACACAAACUCCGUCAACAGCAGCUUCAGCACCGCCUGCAACAGGCUCAGAUGCUCCGAAGGAGGAUGGCAAGUAUGCAGCGGACCGGUGUGGUGGGCCAGCAGCAGGGGCUGCCCUCACCGACACCAGCCACCCCGACAACUCCGACAGGCCAGCAGCCCACGACGCCGCAAACUCCCCAGCCCCAGCCUCCACCCCAACCUGCCUCGCAGCCUCAGCCCGCGCCUCCCAACAGCAUGCCGCCCUACAGCAUGCCGAGAACUCAACCCCCUGGUGCUGUGUCCCAGGGCAAGGCGGGCGGCCAGGUGACUCCUCCGACUCCACCCCAGCCGCCUCAGCCACCAGUUCAGGGUCCUCCUCCAGCAGCGGUGGAAAUGGCCAUGCAGAUCCAGAGGGCGGCGGAGACCCAACGACAGAUGGCGCAGGUUCAGAUUUUCCAAAGGCCGAUUCAGCACCAGAUGCCCCAGAUGCCGCCCAUGGGAAUGAAUCCUCCACAGAUAGCCAGGGGUCCUGGUGGCCACAUAGAUCAAGGAAUGGGGCCAGCGGGGAUCCAACAGCAGCCACCUUGGGUGCAGGGUGGCUUGCCCCAAGCUCAGCUGCAGCCGGGAAUGCAGAGGCCAUCCAUGAUGUCAGUAGCCCAGCCAGGUCAACCAAUGAAUAUGGCACCUCAGCCAGGAAUGGGCCAGGUACCUGGCACUGCCCAGCCAAAGCAGCCACCUCUGCCCCAGGCAGCCUUACAGAACCUACUGCGGACACUCAGGUCUCCCAGCUCACCCAUGCAGCAGCAGCAGGUGCUUAACAUCCUUCACUCCAAUCCUCAGCUGUUGGCUGCUUUCAUCAAGCAGCGGGCCGCCAAGUACGCGGGGUCCCAGAACCCCCAGGGGAUGCCUGGUCAACCUGGCAUGCCCCAGGGCCAGCCGGGGCUCCAACCGCAGCAGGCCAUGCAGGGGCAGCAGGGAGGGGUGCACCCCAACGCAGCCAUGCAGAACAUGAACCCCAUGCAGGGGGGGGUGCAGAGGCCCAGCAUGCCACAGCAGCAGCAGCCGCCACAGCAGCCGCAGCAAGCCAUGGCUGGGAUGAAUCCUCAGGCACAGCAGAUGAAUAUGAAUCACUCGGGGAUGGCUCCUCAGUUCCGAGACCUCCUGAUGCGGCGGCACCAGAUAAUGGAGCAGCAGCGCCAGCAGCAGCAGCAAGGAGUGGGACCGGCGCUGGGGCCAGGGAUGGCCAACCACAACCAGUUCCAGCAGCCCCAGGGCGUCGGGUAUCCACAGCAGCAGCAGCAACAGCAGCAGCAGCAACGGAUGCAGCAUCACAUGCAACAGAUGCAGCAAGGAAACAUGGGACAGAUAAGCCAGCUUCCCCAGGCCAUGAGUGCAGAGACAGGAGCCAGUUUGCAGCAGGCUUUCCAGCAGAGGCUGCUCCAGCAGCAGAUGGGGUCCCCGGCUCAGCCCAAUCCUAUGAGCCCCCAGCAGCACAUGCUGCCCAACCAGGCCCAGUCCCCACACCUACAGGGUCAGCAGCUCCCUUCGUCGCUCACCAAUCAAGUGCGCUCUCCACAGCCUGUACCCUCGCCACGGCCCCAGUCCCAGCCCCCCCAUUCCAGCCCAUCCCCCCGGAUGCAGCCUCAGCCUUCUCCGCACCACGUCUCCCCGCAGACCAGCUCCCCACAUCCAGGACUGGUAGCUGCACAGGCUAAUCCCAUGGAUCAAGGGCACUUUGCCAGCCCGGACCAGAGUGCAAUGCUUUCCCAGCUUGCUAGCAAUCCUGGUAUGGCAGGCCUCCAUGGUACAAGCGCCACAGAACUGGGGCUCAGCUCUGAGAACUCAGACUUGAAUUCAAAUCUUUCACAGAGUACACUAGACAUACACUAGACACAUUGUAGCAUUUUGGGAGCAAAAAAAGAAAAAGAAGAAAAAAGAAAAAAAGAAAAAAACUUAUUUUCUCAAGACUUUUUGUACUGAAGACGAAUUUUUUUGAAUCUUUCUUAGCUAAAACAACAUUUUUCCCUGGACACAUCUGAACUCUACAGCAGUAGUUUGUGGUUUUCAAAGUAAACCAACAACGAACCUGAGGGACAGUAGAGUACAAAGAAUAUAUUUUUGUUAUGGCUGGAAUCAUAACCAGUCCUUUUUCUUGUUUAUUUUUUUCCUCGUGUGCGUUGGGGAGGUCGAGGGAAGAGGGUGAUCUUCUGGCUGUUGGCCAAAGGACGCCCUACUCAUUGCCUCCAAUAGGUUUUAUUUUUUAAAUUAAUGAAAAUAUGUAAUAUUGAUAGUUAUUAUUUACUGAGGCAGAUGGUAAACAUUUUCCCUAUUCUGGUUUUUCUUCAUGUCACCGCAAAAAGAAAAAUACCACAGUGAAAAAAACGACAUCAAUAAACCACCAGAGGAGAAACUUUUCCUAAAGCCGGAGGACAAAAGGGGUUAAUGUUGCUUUAAGAAUACAUUACAUAUAUAAAUAUAUAUAUAUAAAAGUAAAUACCGAUCUUUUCCUCUUCGGUUGGAAAUAUGUCAAUUCUUUGAGAAAAAAAAAAUGUAAAAAUAUUAAAUAACUCAGUCCCCUCCUGAAGUCUACUUUUGUCCUCCAAGAAUUUUCUAUACAAGAGUCUGAGCUUAAAAAUAAAAACUUCAAGUAUUAAAAUUUGUACAUGUAGAGAGAAGAUGACAUUUUUGCAAAUACACAGGGGCAGCUGCCAAAUGGAUGUAGUAUAUAUAUUGUGGUUUCUGUUUUCUUGAAAGAAUUUUUUUUUGUUGUUAUUUUUACAUCUAACAAAGGAAAAAAGAAAAUAAAAAAGAGGGUAAGAAACAAAUCCGACGGGAUGAUUUUAACCUGAGAAAAAGUCCCUGGGGUUUAUUCUUUCUGCUUGCUUUCUCUCUCCCCUGCCCUUUUCCCACCCUCUUCCACUUUCUGUAAAACUUGAAAAUAGAAAAGCAAAAAAAAAAAAAAACAAAAAACAAAAAAAAACACCCUCAAAUGUUGUAAAUCAUGCAAUUAAAGUUGAUUACUUAUAAAUACGAACUUUCGAUCACUGUAUAGACUGUUAAAAAUUGAUUUCUUAUUACCUAUUGUUAAAUAAACUGUGUGAGACAGACA